AUGGAGGCUUUCAAAGAACUGUACGUUGAGAAAUGCAGAGACUUCCUGUGUGAACCGAUCAGCCUUCUGACCGAAGCGUUGCAAAGGGCAAUUGAGAGCAGGAAGCCUCUGACCACUCUCAAGCUCAAUGGCAACAGGAAAGAGCUGUUUUCCAAGCGGCUCGAAUACAUGCAGGUCUUUGCUCUUACGGAGGCUCUUCAUGACGAAACGCAGAUCGUGUCCUUGGACCUCUCUUACAACAACAUUGACGAUGCUGGAGCCGCAACCAUAGCGCGUCUCCUUAAGUUCAACAGCAGUCUUCAGUCCUUGAACCUGGAACACAACAACAUCACUGGAGAGGGUGUCAAACAGCUGGCGGCAUCGCUGCAAGCGGCAGAGGGCGGAGGCCUGGCGCUGAGGUCACUGAACCUUAGAGGCAAUCCACUAGAGGAUGCGGGGGGCAUGGCACUUGCUGAUAUGCUCAAGUCGGUGAUCUACAUCGCCAACGUACUGCAGCAAUCGAACAGGGCGCUCCAAAAGCUCAAUCUCGACAACCCGCGGCUUUUCAGCCUGCAGGAAGAGACCGCGAGUCACAUCGCAAGAAUGCUGGCAAACACCUCCAGCCUGCAAGAAGUCAAGCUGGGCAAGCAUGCCAUGCGGGACGCGGGGCUUGAGACUCUCCUCACCUACGGAAUGAUUCGAAACAAGUCGAUCGACUCCCUUGACCUUAGAUGUAACCAGAUAUCAGAAACCUCCGCCGCAAACCUUGCGCGCCUUCUCGGCGAAAGCCCAAACCUCCGAACCCUAAACCUCGCAUGCAACCGGAUAGGCGACGCGGGCGCGGCCGGCCUUGCAGAAGGCCUGCUGCUCACUCCGUCCCUGACCAGUCUGGACCUUUCUCACUGCUCCAUCAAAGAUUCGGGGCUGCUAAGCAUUGCGGAGGCGCUUAAACUUAACCGAACGGUCAUACACUUAAAACUGUGGGGGAACGAGUUCGGACAAGCGGCUGCCGCGGCUUUUGACGCGCUAUUUAAAGACAAACAGCGUCCAAUACUCAAGAUCGACUUCAUGCUCUACUCCGUGGAUGGUCAGUACCAGGUCGCACAGAAGCAGGCUCCUUCCUAA